AUGGAUAGUGGUGUUAUGGACUGGCUGGACAACAAAAGAGCUAAGACCUUGAGGGUCUCCAAUGACAGGGAGUCAUUUCAGCUGAAAAAGAUUCGAAGGUCACUUGAGACUAUGAAGAGCAUGAAUGAUAAUCUGAUGAAGCAGGAAGAAAGAAAAGUGAAAAGAUGGCUAGCAAAACAAGCUGAAUUAUCACCAUCAGCAUCGUCGUCAUAUAAGAACUUAUACAAGAAACACUCCAAGGAUUUCACACCCUUCAGUGGAACUGACUUGUCCAUGCAGACAGUAUCUGCUAGAACUUCCUAUGGCUCAAGAGGCAGCUUUUACAAUCCUCACCCAACUGCCAGUGUCUCCAAGAAGGAUAUCAGUGCAAGACAACUUUAUGGGGAUAACAGUUUCUCCAUGCAAGAGGCAAUAUCCAUGUUUCCCUCCUUGCAAAAGCUAUCGGUAACAGGAGAGAAGUUCUCUUUUUCUAAACUUCAUCUGCACGAAACUGCCUCUGGAUCCCCAGCAUUUGAAAGAAGGUUGAAGGGCUUGCUUGAAAGAGCUCGGGAAGAGGAAAAAUUCAAACAAACAGUGACUCUGCCACAGAUCAGACCUGAAGAAUUUUUGAGCUGCAGAUACCUACGUUUGUCACAGAGCAAUAUUAACACCUUGCUACAGCUGUGUAAGGAAUCAGGAGUUCACAUAGACAUUCAUCCCCAUAUGAAGGAAUCUGAAAUCGACAUCAAUACUGUUCUCUCUUCAAACCUCAGUAGGGCAGUGUAG